CUUCUAUUGAUGUCUGGUAAAGAAGGACUUGUUAAUCAAGUAUUGCUUAAAAAUGGCGGAGUAUGAUUUAACCACGCGUUUAGGCGAAUACUUAGAUCGUCAUUUAGUGUUCCCCCUUUUAGAGUUUCUCUCUGUUAAAGAACUGUACGAUGAUAAAGAGAUGCUCAAAGGAAAGCUUGAUCUACUCAGUAACACCAACAUGGUGGAUUUUGCCAUGGAUGUUCAUCAAAACCUGUAUCCAGAUCAACAAGUUCCUACAGUUUUAAAAGACAAACGUGGUCAGGUUGUAAAUGAGUUAAAAACAUUACAGGCAGCUACUGAUGUGAUUACUAAAAUAUUUGAAGAUCCAGAAGUGGCCAGAACUAUUCAAAAUAGAGAUGGUCGACAGUUGUGUGACUUUUUAUAUCAAGAGAAAGGGUUUAGACCCGACAUGGUUGAGACAUUGUAUAACUACGCUAAGUUUCAGUAUGAAUGUGGUAAUUAUUCUGGAGCAGCUGAAUAUCUCUACUUUGUUCGAGCAUUGCUUGCACCAAAUGAUAAAAACUUCAUGAAUGCUUUGUGGGGAAAGUUAGCAUCAGAAAUACUUAUGCAGAAUUGGGAUGUCGCUUUAGAAGAUUUGAAUAGAUUGAAAGAUAUUAUAGAUCAUAAUACAUUUGCUGGCGAUUUACAACUGCUACAACAGAGAACCUGGUUAAUACACUGGAGUUUAUUUGUGUUCUUUAACCAUGCAAAAGGAAGAGAUACAAUUAUUGAUAUGUUUUUAUAUGAACAGAGUUACUUGAAUGCCAUACAAACGAUGUGUCCCCAUAUAUUGAGAUAUUUAACCACAGCUGUAGUUACUAAUAAAGGUAGAUGGAGAGGCUGUAUGAAAGAUCUAGUGAAAAUUAUUCAACAUGAAUCUUAUACAUACAAAGAUCCUAUUACAGAAUUCAUAGAAUGUCUGUAUGUCCAUUUUGAUUUUGAUGGUGCUCAGAAAAAAUUAAGAGACUGUGAAACUGUAUUAAGUAAUGAUUUUUUCCUGGUGGCGUGUUUAGAUGAUUUUAUUGAAAAUGCCCGUCUGCUAAUAUUUGAGACUUUCUGUCGUAUACAUGAAUGUAUUAGCAUAGGUAUGUUGGCAGAAAAGUUAAAUAUGGCCCCAGAUGAUGCUGAGAAAUGGAUUGUAAAUCUAAUCAGAAAUGCACGCCUUGAUGCAAAGAUUGAUUCUAAACUGGGUCAUGUUGUUAUGGGAACCCAAGCUGUUUCACCCUACCAACAAAUUAUUGAGAAAACUAAAAAUUUGGCUUUCCGCUCACAAGUUAUAGCACAGAAUGUAGAGAAAAAACUGGGACAUAGCAAGCAAGAAGUUAAUCAAUGGGGAAUGCAAGAGUAGUCAACCAGCAAUAUUCAAGUUUUAUCUUAAAUGUUACAAAAAUUAUGUAUAAAUUAUCAAAAUUAGGAAAUAUUAAAAUUUGGAAACGUG